AUUAAUUAACAAAUCCUUAAUCUACACAGCAGAGAGAGAGAGAGAGAGCUUGAAGACGACGACGAUGAUCGAGCCUUUAAAUAACCUUCUCUUCUUGUCAACGCGUUUCCUUCUUCUUUCCUUCUUUUUCUUCUCUUCCACCUCCUCUCCUGUUCAUGGUGGAUGGGAGUCGGAGAUCCUCUUCCACUUCCGCCGGACAAGAACCGUCGGGAGGGUAAUAAACCGCCGGAUAUUGCGUCGACUUCUUCCUCCUCCGCUUCGGCGCUAGCGGAGCUCCAGUUUCUCGCCGGUGAUACCGUCCGGUCCGGUUCCGAUCUAGCGGUGGAGCUCCGGUCUAAGUUUGAUUUUCUUAAGCUUGUAUAUAAGUAUCAUUCCGCAGCUGAAGAUGAGGUUAUAUUUUCAGCUUUGGACACUCGUGUGAAGAACAUUGUUUUCAAUUACUCGCUUGAACAUGAUGCCACAGAUGAUCUUUUCACUUCAGUUUUUCAUUGGCUAAAUGCUCUUGAAGAGGGAAAAGGGAACAGAGCUGAUGUACUUCGUGAAGUUGUUUUAUGCAUUGGCACAAUUCAGUCAUCCAUAUGUCAACAUAUGCUUAAAGAAGAGCGGCAGGUGUUUCCUUUGAUGAUUGAGAACUUCUCCUUUGAAGAACAGGCAUCGUUAGUGUGGCAGUUCAUUUGUAGUGUUCCAGUGAUGGUGUUGGAAGAAAUUUUCCCAUGGAUGACGUCUUUACUCUCUUCCAAGGAGAAAUCAGAAGUUGAGAAUUGUGUGAAAGAAGUUGUCCCAAAAGAAGUCACCUUGCAACUGGUUAUAAACUCUUGGCUAGUUGAUGAUUGUCCAUCUUCUUUGACGGCUCUUACAAAGAUCAUGAAAGGAGUCCAGUCUGUAGAAGUGUCUGAAAAUAUGAACAACUCUUCAUCAUCAAGUGGGAUGUUUCAACGUUUUUGGCAGUGGAGUAAAAUGUCAUUUUCUAGUCCAAAUACAGGACAUACUUUGGUUCAUGGUAUCCAGCUUUGGCAUAACGCAAUUAAAAGAGAUUUGGUAGACAUUCAAAAAGGAUUAUGCCAAUUGACAUUUCCAAGCCUUUCGUUGGACCUCAAUGUGCUCGUGGUUCGGCUAAACUUCCUUGCUGAUGUCCUUAUCUUUUAUGGCAAUGCAUUAAAGAAGUUCUUUUACCCAGUGUUUGAAGAAAUGGUGGAUCAACAACACUCUUCCUUUUCCAAACAAUUCACCAUAGAUGACCAUGUGGAAAACUUUAAGAAGUCACUAGACCUUGAAACUAGAACAGGGAGUGACAAUUUUGUCAUGACGCUUCAGAAGAAACUGGAGUCCCUUAUAUUGACAGUAACCAAGCAUUUUUCUAUAGAGGAAACAGAGGUAUUCCCAAUCAUCAGCAAGAACUGCAACAUUGAAAUGCAGAGGCAACUCCUAUACAGAAGCCUUCAUGUCCUGCCUCUAGGAUUACUUAAGUGUGUCAUAAUGUGGUUCUCUGCUCAGUUGCCAGAAGAUGAAUGUCACUCAAUUAUUCACUUCUUAAGUUCGGAAGAUUCUUUUCUGAAGAAACCUUUUGCGAACCUCUUGUUGCAGUGGUUUCGCUUCGGUUAUUCAGGCAAAACACCAGUUGAAAGUUUCUGGAAUGAGCUUUCCUUUAUGUUCAAACCGAGAUGUUCCGUUCAAGAGGAACACACUGAAGAAGCUUCUGGAUCUUUCGUCCAGCAAUCACAGCAGCAACUAUGCAAAGGAUCUGAUCCUUAUUUGCUUAAAAAUAAGUCUUCUACCUGUUUCCAGUCAAUGGAUCCACCUCUUGGUUACAUGAAUGAAACACCUUACUCGAGUGCGAUGAAUCAGCAAAUACUUAUCCCAGGAAAGCUCAGGCCACUUCAACAUCUUCCUGAUAUUUUUGGUGACAAGAAUAUUGGAGAGCACUUAAAUAUGGAUUUUAAACCAAUCGAUCUGAUUUUCUUCUUCCACAAGGCAAUGAAGAAAGAUCUAGACUACCUUGUAUGUGGUUCAGCUCGGCUCACAACAGACUGUAGCUUCCUCGGGGAGUUUCAUCAGCGGUUUCAUCUUAUAAAGUUCUUGUAUCAAAUUCACUCCGAUGCAGAAGAUGAGAUUGCAUUUCCAGCCUUGGAGGCAAAGGGUAAACUACAAAACAUUAGUCAGUCAUACAGUAUUGAUCACGAACUGGAAGUCGAACACCUCGAUAAAGUAUCAUUUCUUUUGAAUGAGAUGGCAGAAUUGAACAUGUUGGUACUGGACAACAAGAAUGUGAAGUAUGAGAAGUUGUGUAUGAGCCUUCAAGAUAUAUGCAAAUCCAUUCAUAAGCUACUGUCUGAGCAUCUCCACCGAGAAGAAACUGAGCUCUGGUGUUUAUUCAGAGACUGCUUCACUAUUGCAGAACAAGAAAAAAUCAUAGCAUCCAUGCUUGGAAGAAUAAGUGGAGAAAUAUUGCAAGAUAUGAUUCCAUGGCUAAUGGAAUCUUUGAUCCCUGAUGAACAACAUGCUGUGAUGUCCUUGUGGCGACAAGCAACAAGGAAAACUAUGUUUGGUGAAUGGCUAACAGAAUGGUACAAUUCUCAUGUUGUAGAAGAGGAAACAGAGGAAGCAAAGAAUGAUCUAUCUGAGAAUUCAGAUCCAUUAGAUAUUGUCUGGAGUUAUCUCUUUGAAGGAGCUGCUGAUGAGGACAAAGGAAGCAUUUGCAGCAAACCUCUGGAAGAGACAGAGUUAAAAGGUCUCAUGAAUAAGCCAUUUGGAAAGGCUGUUCCCAGUAACAAGGUAGAAUUUGGAAACAAAGAGGAGAAAAUUUCAGAAAGUAAAAAGGUGUGUACAGGAGCUGAUGAAAGGAAGUACAAAGAACAAACCGACAACAACGCGCAAGCUUUUCAGAUGUCGCAGAAUACUAGCCAAUCUGGCCAAGACAGUAGAUAUGAGUGUCUGUUAUCAAUGAGUCAAGAAGAUGUGGAGGCUACGAUUAGAAGAAUAUCUCGUGACCCUGCCUUGGAUCCUCAAAAGAAAUCAUAUAUCAUCCAAAACUUGUUAAUGAGCCGUUGGAUUGCUACACAACGGAUAUAUAAUCUUGAACCAUCCAUUCUCUCAAGCAAUAGGGAAGCAGUUCCUGGUCAGAAUCCAUCUUAUCGAGAUCCUCACAAAUUGAUCUUUGGUUGCAAACACUACAAGAGAAGUUGCAAGCUUCUUGCUCCUUGUUGCAACAAGCUCUUCACGUGUAUACGAUGCCAUGAUGAAGAGGUUGAUCACUUAUUGGAUAGAAAACAGAUCACAAAGAUGAUGUGCAUGAAGUGCAUGAUAAUUCAGCCAGUAGGUGCUAGUUGCUCAAAUACUUCAUGCAAUUCAUCAAUGGGAAAAUAUUACUGCAAAAUAUGCAAGUUGUUUGACGAUGAUAGGGAAAUCUAUCAUUGUCCCUACUGCAAUCUCUGCCGGCUAGGAAAAGGACUGAGCAUUGACUACUUCCAUUGCAUGAAAUGCAAUGCUUGUAUGUCGCGAACCUUAGUAGAACAUGUAUGCAGAGAAAAGUGCUUAGAAGAUAAUUGCCCGAUUUGUCAUGAAUACAUAUUUACCUCAAAUUCUCCAGUGAAGGCUCUUCCAUGCGGUCACGUGAUGCAUUCAACGUGCUUUCAGGAGUACACAUGUUCGCAUUACACAUGCCCUAUUUGCAGCAAGUCACUUGGGGAUAUGCAGGUUUACUUUAGAAUGUUAGACGCACUGCUCGCAGAACAAAAGAUGCCAGAUGAAUACUUAAACCAAACUCAGGUAAUACUAUGUAAUGAUUGUGGGAGAAAGGGAAAUGCUCCUUACCAUUGGCUCUAUCACAAGUGCUCUUCUUGUGCCUCCUACAACACCAGACUUUUCUAGUUCCUUCUCCAAUUUUCCUUCUUUGUUUUUUUUCAUUGUACAUCUGCAAGUCUUUAACAAUAUUUUCUUUUCUUUUUGGAAGCAUUUGAUUUUGUAUGGAAAAAGAUAUUCUACAUAUUAUUAAAUCUAGAUGAUUGUU